AUUCGCGCACGGCUAUACCCCGCUGGUUCAGUCAGGCCAAGAGCAAUCACUACCCAUGUCCGACAAAACAUGACCGACCCUGCGAACAGCCGCUUUGUUCUUGCUUCACAUCUUCUCUCCGAACCAAGGCUUCAGCCAUACAUCCAUGAUAUUUCCUUGAAGAUACGACAUUGUGGGAAGGUGUUCAACUUUCUUGUCUUCUUCAAAAGACACAAACGACUUCCCUUGAAUCUAUCGGUUCAGAAUCUCGGCGGUAGAGCUGUACAUGGAGACAUCCUACUA